UCGUGUGAACUCUCCAACAUUCUCCAGGUUUGCGGAGUUAAGUCAUGCCGUGGGGCCUGGAGUACAUAAUGGGCGACCUACGAAGGCAUAAGUUGGCAAUGAGUCUCAGAGAGCAAAAUCUGCGAUACGAUGGAAUCGAAAACUGCUCAGGUCGAAUCAGCAGACACGAAUGCGUCGAAAAGCGACCAUGUCAACUCGUCGACCGAGGACAUUCGGUCCACUUCUCAGCCAACUCUGGCGGGGACCAUUCAACAGUCUUAUAAGAUCCUAGGCUACUGCCUUGCGUUGACAGCCGGCAUUCUGCUGUACGGAUACGACUUGGUCAUUGUGAACAAUGUGUCUUCCAUGCCACAGUUUCAGCGCGAUUAUGGUCGGGAGCUCAAAGGACAACUGAUCACCCCCUCUGUCUGGCUAAGCCUAUGGAGCGUGGCUGGUCCCAUCGGAGGCCUGUUCGGCGCAAUUGCAGGCGGCGUUGUCCAAGAUCGGGUCGGGCGGCGCCUCUCUUUAGCCAUUGCAAGCUUCAUCUCAGCUGUCGCGGUCGCCGUCUUGUAUGUCUCCAACCUUCCGACCGAGAUCAAUGACCGCAGGGCCAUUUUCCUGGUGGCAAAACUGGUUCAGGGCUUCGCCGUGUACAUGGUCGUGUGCACAGCCGAGACCUAUAUGUCGGAAGUUCUACCUACCAUGUUACGAGGUCCGACCCUUGCCCUCUUCCCGAUCUUCACGCUGGUGGGUCAAUUCGUGGGCAGCGUGGUGGUCCGCAAUGCUCUGCACACUCCCGGGGCCAGAGGCUACCUCAACUGCUUCCUCUCGCAAUGGCCAUUCUCGGCUCUGUCCCUUCUAGUGUCUGUGCUCGUCCCGGAGAGCCCAACAUACCUCAUCCGGAAGAGUCGCCUAGACGAAGCACUUAAAGCCCAGCGCCGACUGGACACCGCCAAGGUGGAUUCCCUGGCCAAGAUCCAGCAGCUGCGCGCGUCCGCGCAACUGGCAGAGCAGGAGUCCGCGGGAUACCGCGAAUGUUUCGUGGGUGUCAACCGGCGUCGCACGAUCAUCGUCUUAUUUGUGAACAUGAUCCCGAAUCUGCUCGGAAUCACAUUGUUGGCCAAAGCCAGCUAUUUCUUGCAGAUCAUCGGCAUGAGCGCGAACAAGAGCAUUAUGAUGCUGCAGGUCAUCAUUGGGUUGGGCUUAGCAGCCAAUAUUUUUAGCUUCUGGACUUUAUCUCGAUUCGGCCGCGUACCGCUUAUCAUUAUCAGCUUGAGCAUCAUUGCAUUUCUGUGGUUGGGAAUGGGCAUUUCAGGCUGCUUUGAUGGAACAGUCAAUGUUUGGUACUCGGCUGUUACCUUCUGCCUCGUCGUCGUCGCUUCCGGGACCGGUGCAUGGCCAGCAACCUACGCCGUCGGCGCAGAGACAUCCUCUCUCCGGCUCCGGGCCAAGACGCAAGGUCUAGGAUGGUUUGUAAACUGUCUGUCGACCGGGGUCGCUGGCCUGGUGCUCCCUUAUAUCUUUAACCCGGACCAGGGCGCAUUAAUUUCGAAAACGGGGUUCUUAUUCUUCGCCAGCUGUGUUGUAGCAGCUGUGGUGACAUGGUUCAUCGUGCCGGAGAUGAAAGCUCGAACCCCUGCGGAAAUUGAUCGCAUGUUCGAGAACCGACUGCCUACGAAAGAAUUCAGGAGAUGGUCGCCGGAAAUGGACGAGGUGACGGUCACUUUAGGUGCCUGACCGACAUUGAGAAGCUCCUUGGCUUGUCCUUCAUUUUGAAUUGCACGGAAAGAGCUUGGAUCCUCUAAGUUGUUUUGGCGCUCUUUUGCUCUGCAAUGAACGGGAAACGUCCUGCGAAAAGCGAAUUCAAUCCCUGAAACCGUUAUAUAUUGAGUCACCAUCAUUUUACUCGUCGAAGGCCGACCUAGUAUCGACCUAACCUGGUAAAACCUCAAGUCAAGAAUGUCCGGCCGUUCGGGAUAAACUGGAAGCAUUCAAUGACUAAUGUUUCAUGAGUCGCAAAUAGAACCGCCGCACGUUUGGCCAUUAUGACUAAUGCUUGUUAGUAUGGGAAUAUAGA